GUUAGAUUUUCAAUUUCUCUUUGAGAAUUAAUUUAUGAACCAUGAGUUUUGCGGAAUAUAAAGAACGGAUAUCUGAAGGGGAUACUGUUAUUCUGUUCCUUGUGAGUAUAUGAUUCAUAAUGAAAGCCAAAUCUAACAUAAUAAAGAUCUCUCGAGUACAGCUUCCUAUGAGACCUGAUUCAGCAGAUUGCACAUGAGGUUUGUAACACUGCAGUUGGGUUGCAUCCAGUUGAUGUUAUUUCGCCGAAAAUCUACGACGUGGACUUCAUAACUUGAGAUAAGGAAUGACUAAUCUAAUUAAAUGAUUAGGUUACCAACGAUCGCUGGAGAAUUCCUUCAGCACCGGCUUAUUUCACGAUGCUUAUUGAAGUACGUCAUGCAUAUGGUAUGGUCCAGAAGUGUUAAAUAUUCUUAUUUACCCUUGAUACCAUUAUACAUCCUUUUCGAUUUGCUGUUUAUGUUUUGUUAUCAAUGUACCCCUAGGGGCAUAACUCUAUGCAAACUCUGACAGUUACACCAGGAAAGGUACAUCAGACAAAAUAUGGUGCUCUUCCACACUCAGACAUGGUUGGAAGGAAGUUUGGAACAAAGGUAAACUAAAUUGUCACUUUAUGAACUAUUAGGCUGGCCUUGGAUUUUAUAGAAGUGCCAUUUGGAAGACAAGAUUUGCCUAGCUUUAAGCGUGUUACAAUUCAUUGGUAGGAUGCUACUGCCAAAGUGCCUCUCUUCACCCACCCAGGGGUAAAAAAUGUUACUAGUAAGCUCAGAGUGAAACCUGAAAAAUAUUCUAGGGGUGGUGGGGAGGUGGAUGAGUUUCCUGCAAUGGACUUGCACUUCGUAUAGAAGGAAGAUAAUGUGAGAACCAAGGCUUUGUAUUUAUUGAGUGUGUAGGAAAAUUUGUGUGACUGUAGAUUUUGGCUUGAAGUCAUGAUGUGUUGAGACCAAGGGCAACAUGUUCCAUACUUAAUGACUAAGAGCCAGAGAUAUCUCCAUUCUUCCUGAGUGUAUUCAGUCAGUAGGCAUCUUGUGGGUCUUUGCUUAGGACUCAUUAUAGCUUUUCGUGGCCCUAAUCACUGUGUCAAGUCCUGCACAGCUAUAGGGAUUUUUUUAAUAAUGAUUUUUAAUAAAAGUACCCCUGGAACUAUAUUGGUCUGUUUGGUCUGUGAGAUCCUAGUGACUCAGUGCUACAGGAACUGGGAAUGGGUAUCAGCAGCUAUCCAUUACAUAAUGGAAUUUGAAGUUAAAGUAAUAUUAAAAAAACAGAUAUAUUUCUCAGUUGAUUAAUAAUGUAUUUUAUAUUGAUAAUAAAUUUCAGAUGUUUUCACUGAACAAAAAGGGUUGGGUCUACCUUCUUCAUCCUACGCCUGAACUAUGGACAAUAAACCUUCCUCACAGAACACAGAUUCUUUAUUCUACAGACAUCAGUAUGAUCAUUCUACGGUUGGCUCUUAAACCUGGAUCUGUUGUUGUUGAGUCUGGUAGGCAUCAUACCUAAUCCUUUAACCCUUUACACCCUAACAUCAGUAUGCAUAUUCUCCAUACUGUUCCCCAUACAUUCCUUAAGGUGCUGACAAGGAGAAUUUGAGUAACAAUCAACAGCUUCUUUUGCCUCUGAUAAUUUUCUUUAUUCUCAUGACCUUACUGCGUGAUUCAGGGGUGAUAUGUGACCCUCCACGGGAAAACGGACACUAACGCUUUUCCGUUAAACGGUCUCGAAAAACGGUUGUAAACGGAUAGUAAACGGCUAACUCGAGCGUUUAAACGGAUGCCAUAACCGCUUAAACGGAUGGCAAAAAAUUUAAACGGUUGACCAAAGUCCAAAAACGGAUAGCUUAGGCCUUCAAACGGUUGACCAAAAAUAAAAACGGAUAGCACGAAAUGUUAAACGGUUGACCAAAGUUCAAAAACGGAUGGCUCACACUGUUAAACGGUUGACCAAAAAUAAAAACGGUCAGCCCGAAACGUUAAACAGUUGACCAAAGUCCAAAAACGGAUAGCUUAAACCGAGAAACGGUUGACCAAAAUCGACAAACGAUGAGCUAAAAAUUAAUGUUUAACGGCUGUGGUUGAGCCGGCGAGAUCUUCUGCGGAAAAACUUUCAGAGUGACAACGGAUAAUUAUCCUUUAAAGCGAAAAUAUUGAGCAUGAUAAUUUGAAAAGUAAUAACUAGCAUAUACUUGCGCAUUUUAUUUCUGGGUUAAUUACUGCGGCUUUCGUGUGACAUUCAUGAAAUAAGCGCAAUUUACUGAGAAUAGUUUCGCUGCCGAAUAUCCAGAACGGCUACCGCGAGAAACUCAUAAUCUUCUCCUUUGUUUAUUCUUAUUAUUAUUGAAAAUGAACUUCAUUUUUUCCUGUUCGGAAGUUUCGCGAAACAAAGUUGCAUAUGCAAUGCCGCCACCUUGUCUGAAGCCGAGACGUUUCAAGGUCGAAUAACGCAAUGAAGUUCCAUUGCAAAAAAAAGGUCGAAUCGGUGUCACGCACCAAGCGGGGCCGUUAAAAUGAUUGUCAAUAAAACCAAGAAAGAUGAAUCAAGAUGAUAUAAACAGAAAGAGAGUAGCCGAUUUAGCAGUCCAUCGACUGGGGGUCUGCGAUCACGCAAAAGAUAAAACCAAAAUAAGAUACGGUCUUUCUGUAUUUCAAGAACCGGCGAGUAUCGAGCGAACGUAAGAUUGAUACUUCGAACUGCCCAUAACAGAAUGAUAGGCAAACAGUCCAAAGCUUUCCGUGGAACUUUAAACGGAUAGCUUUUUUUUUUAAACGGGUAAGCAAGCCGUUUAAAUGUUUUUGCUAGAGCGUUGAACGGAUGCAAAUUUUUUUAAACGGAUGCAAAUUUUUUUAAACGGAUGAACAAACCGCUUAAACGUUUUGGCAAAAGCGUUAAACGGAUGCAAAUUUUUUUAAACGGAUGAGCAAACCGCUUAAACGUUUUAGCUAAAGCGUUAAACGGAUGCAAAUUUUUUUAAACGGAUAAGCAAACCGUUUAAACGCUUUCAUGAACCGUUUAAACGGAUAUAAACGGAUAGUAAACGGUUUUGCAGCUUAAACGGAAAAGCGUUAGUGUCCAUUUUCCCGUGGAGGGUCACAUAUUGUAAGGAGACAUAAGAUGCUAGUCACCCUUAGGGGUUAAAGAAUUAACUCCCAUGUGUGACCAAAACAAAAUUUCUCCUUGCAGUAUCAAUUCAAUGUCAAGCAGACAAGUGAUGAGAAUUAAGACAGAAUUGUCAAUGAGAGGAUUCUUAGUUAAUCCAAUACCAAAUUCUCUGACCUGACAUCAAAGUAAUUGUUGUAUGGCAAUAAAAGAGUCCACGACCUUCUAUCAAAAAAAAUUGACAUGAUUGAUAAAACUAUAAACAGAACAACAACAGGUCUAAACAAAGAAAUCUUUUUUAAAAUACAAUCUCUAUCAUUUAGAAACAACUUAUCACUCUUGCACUCAUUGAAAUCUCAUUUAAAAAGAUUAAUAAAGUUGGAUUACAAAUGCUCGGUUUAUUUCCUUUAAAUCACCAGGAACUGGAAGUGGUUCAAUGUCUCAUUGUUUAAUAAGGACAAUUGCUCCAUCUGGUCAUCUCCACACAUUUGAAUUCCAUUCAGAAAGAGCUGAAACAGCCAGGUCAGUCUACAACACUCUAAGGUUGAUAUAACUGUGAUCUGGUUGAGUUAUUUUCUUGAAUGUUAAACUCCAAUACUCUCAGAGGCAUAAACAAUUUACUUUAUCAUAUUUCAUCCACUUUUGGCUCUCAACAGGAAAGAAUUUGAGGAACACAAAAUUGGUCAUCUGGUAACUGUAAGAUGUCGUGAUGUUUGCAAGGAAGGAUUUGAACUUCAUCAAGUUGCAGAUGCAGGUCAGUGUAAAAGGACAUCUUGGAAGAGGAAUUACAAUAUUUUAUGAUUUUGAAAUUUCUCUGUUUAAAUUAUUUAUUGAUAUUUACUUUUGAUUUAUUGCAUGAGACUGACAUUUACUGCUUUGAAUUGAUCUGAUUUUUGUUAAAGUCUCUGAUAAAAAUUAAUGAGUAAGAGGGAUAAUGUUGAGUUUGAAUCAAAUGUGUUGGAGGAAAAGUAAAGGCAACCUUUUGAUUUGUUUUUACUAAACUGGUACGAGGAGAAUUUGUGAAUGGUGAUUUGAGUUGCUCUGGAGAGAGAAAUAACUCACAUUGAAAAUGUCAACCUUGGAAUUAUGUUAUCAAAGGAUAUGAAAAGAAUUCUCUCAUUAAUUUAGUGUUUAUAUUGAAGGAUUGUUUUUGUCAGUCAGUAAGAUAAGUAAACGGAGGUCCCAUUUCUUUCAGUCUUUCUUGAUUUACCUGCUCCAUGGGAGGCAAUAAAACACUCCAAAGAAACCCUCAAAGUGAGUAGCUCUCCAGUUGUCAACAAUGAUAAUGGACAAAUUACAUGUGGGAUGUACAGAUGUGUAUUUAUGUAUGCAAAUGUAUGUACAUAUAAUCUUAAUUGAUCACCCCCACCCCUCCCUCCAUGGGGCUUUUCAGGGCCAACACAAAAAAACUGAAACAUUGUGAAUAAACAUGUUUUUUUAAAAGACCUCAACUGGCUGGAGGCAGGCCAGUUGGCUAAUUAUGCAAAGUGCAGCCAAGAAGUUGAAUUUGCAUUAACCAAACACAAAUCCAGUUAGUAGCAGUGUGGAAGGGUUGGACCUGGGAACCACCAGAUUACAAAUGCAAUGCUCUAACGAAGGGCUUAUGCUCAAAUCGUCAGCUUUGAAACUCUUUAUGGUGGCCAAUUUACGUUAUCAACUCAGUUGAUAAUACUAAAUUACCCUGUUACACUCCCCCACUGACACAGCACCACAGUUUCUUUAGAAACUUACCCCCUUUAACCACUCAGUCACACUGUCUCCAUAUGAGGAAACAUUUUACUGGAUAAAGUUGACCUAUAAUUUUGAAUGGAAAAUAGGAAAUAGUCAAGGGAGUUUAAAUAUUAACCCUUUCUUUCCCAUGAUCUCAUUAGUAAUUCUCGUUACUGUCGACCAUACAAUUCUUAUGUUGUAAGUUGAGAGAAUUUGUUAUUGGAUCAACUGCCAAUCCCCUACUGUAGUUGAUAUUUUUCUCAAUUCUCAUCACUUGUCUGCUUGAUAAUGUAUUGAUAUUGUAAAGAGAAAUUCUGUCUUGAUCCCUCCUGGGAGUAAAGGGUUAAAGUAUCCUUUUUGCACUGCCAGACUGCCAACUUGCCCACUAACAAUAAGUGAUAACUUUCAUCAUGUUUUGUGUCUUUGACCAGGCAGAGGGUGGAAAGAUUUGCUCUUUUUCUCCUUGCAUUGAACAAGUACAAAGAACCUGUGAAUCUUUAAGGACAUGUGGAUUUAGAGGUGAACACUAAACAUAAAGUUUUCAACAAAAAAGUCAUGUUUCUCUCCUAAUUAUUUCUUCAUCCAAAAAAAGUGACUUUUUUUUUCUCUAUUACAUCUCUCCUUAUUCUCUAUCUUGAUGAAUGAAAGACCUCCGUUUACUAAAUGUUAAAGUCACUAGUAUCUUGUCUCUCUCGUCCAUAUUCCAAACUCAACGCAGACAAAGGGGUGGGUGUUGUUGUUUUGGCUGUUAUGUAGGAAACAGAGAAUUUUAUAAACUUUGCAUGGUUAUGAAUUUGUAAUUUAGUACUGUUUUUUCCAUGUUUAACAAUGCUGAAGACAUAGAGGUGAUGGAGUGUCUUUCCAGAACGUUCGAAGUAAGAACUGUCCCGUUACAAGUUCCUUUCUUCGGUCCCGAAGUGAGUGUUUGUUUUUAUUAUUAUUAUUAUUUUAAAGUAAGAAUUCCAAAGGAAAGUCCUUAUUUGAGAUUAUUAAUUAUAAAGUUUAAAAAAAUUUUUGAACUUUUCAGAAUUCACUACCACCAGAUCCAACGCCGAGUGAUUUCUCAUCGCGGAAGAGAAAACUUGAAGAAGAAAGUGAAUCAUGUGACACGGUACCCAAUACUUUGUUGUUUCCUGUAUAUUUUUGUUUCAAUUGUUUACUUGUGUUUUCUUAAGAAAUCUUUAAUAUCAAAGGUGGUCUAACAUACUCCUAUAAAUGAACAAAGGGUGAGUUCUCAAGAAACUGUGGUGUUGCGUCACUGGGAAGCAUUAUAAAAUCAUUUGGUUUUAUCAACCGAGUUGAAUAUAACUUUGCCAUUGAAGACCUUUUCUUAAGCCAACUUUUCGAGCGUCAGCCCUUCGUCGUUCGCUUGGAUGAAGGGCUGAAAUUCGAAACGUUAGCUUUAGAAACUCUUUACGGUAACCAAUUUACAUAGUUAACUCGGCUGAUGAAACCAAAUCAUCGUGAAAAUGUAUUCCCGUUUAGAUCUCUCAUCCCUACUGAUGCCUUCUGUUCUUUUUUCUCUUCCCAUUUGGAUAGACUUAUUCAGCAUUGCAAGAAGGCCACGUAAAUAUGAAAUUGAUGGAAUCUUCACUGGUUGAAAACACUCCCAGUGAAGUUAAGACUCCCACGGAUAACGUUGAACAUAAAAGCGAAAUAUCGAACGGAAAAGCGGCGGAAAAAUCUGCGCCACACUUCACGGACACUGACCCUGCUUCGGGACUUGUGCGGAAUGUUCGAGCAGUUAUGUCACAGAAAGCCAACAAAGCGAACAUUCUGACAGGCAGACCGCUGAAGGAGAUGACGGGACAUACGGGAUACUUGACAUUUGCUACGCUUUAUGCGCAUGUCACGAGUAACAAUGGAAGAGGCGACGAAGAAAAAUGAUAAACAAGUCAAUACACAUGGCCGUGUUUGUAUUUUUCUUGUUUCUUUAACGUCAUAAUACAAUGAAGGCUUCCAACCAAAGCAUUUAUUAUUCUCUUUAUCUUGGACAAAUAUCAUUUCCAUGCAAAAUAAAUUGUGUUUACAAUCUGAUACUAUACCUUAUAUUAUAUAUUAUACAGUUCAGUGGUUCCCUUAGAAAAAAAAGUUGUCGAACAAUUUCGUUUAACUUUCCUUUUAGCAUUUAUAAUUGUUCCCUACAAAUGUAUGAUAAAAAGAUAGAUCACUGUGUUUGUUUAAGAGAUAUGAUGGGCCAAACUUACCCCGUUUAUGCCUGUAUUGGCACUAAUCAUGCACGUCAUGUCAUCGGUUAACGGUACAUUUUGCAGUAAAUGGAAGCAAGAGUUUUUAGAGUAAUACUUGAAAAAACUUGAUAGGUAGAAAGUCUGAAGCGUAAGGAACAAUUUCAUACAUAAUUUGAAAAACAAUACCGUGUUUUCGGAAUGCGCGAGCGCUUAUUCGCCUGAUUACGUGAUUUUAUGCACAGUGAAGGAUGCGCAAUGCAAUACUGAGGAAUCACCUAAAGUGUAAUUGAAAGUCAAUUCUUUAUCGAGGAAGGUCUUAGCAAGACUCGCUCUAUGGCACUCUCCUUUCAAAUGAUGAAAAAGUCUCUCUGAUACAGACACUGAUAAAUUUAACUCUCCAGAAACUUUGGUCACUCUAAUUCAUGUACUGUUUGCACCAGACCAACUCCCAACAAAGUAUUUGAUAAAUCCUAGGGUUCAUAUCUCGGUUAGAAACUUAAUUGUGCACGUAGCACUUUAGUCCAUGCAUGAUUAUGUUGUCGCUUUAUAUCUUUUAAGACUGUUUUCGAAGCCAGACUUAAACCGUUAGUCUGGCACAGACUGCUAUUUAAGGUUCCAAACCGUAACCUAACGUUUCAAAAAUCGUCUUCAAACUGAAUGCAAUAAACCUUUCGACAACGAACGUCGCCAUUUUGAGUUUUGCUUAGCAACCUGGCCGCUGAC